UCUGAAAUAAAUCCAAGCCAAGAACCGAUUUUGAGAGCAUUUCCAAACACCCAAAUAGAAACUAAUUCUAUUCAACUUGUUUUUUGUUUCUGGGCUAUUCAGAUCUUUUGCAUUCCCUUUCUCACCUUUCAAACAAAAAAUGUCUAAUACUGUGAUUGUUUUCGACUUUGACAAAACCAUCAUUGAUUGUGAUAGUGAUAAUUGGGUUGUUGAUGAAUUGGGUUUCACUGAUUUGUUCAACCAGCUUCUUCCUACCAUGCCUUGGAAUUCCCUCAUGGACAAGAUGAUGAUGGAGCUUCAUUCAGAAGGUGUAACAAUUGAAGACAUUGAAAAAGUUCUUCAUAGGAUUCCAAUUCAUAACAGAAUAAUACCUGCAAUUAAAUCAGCACAUGCUUUAGGCUGUGAUUUGAGGAUUGUCAGCGAUGCCAAUGUGUUUUUCAUUCAAACUAUUUUGAAGCAUUUGGGAAUAAGUGAAUGUUUUUCAGAGAUUAACACUAAUCCAGGUUAUGUUAAUGAAGAAGGACGGUUAAGAAUUUUGCCUCAUCAUGAUUUCAACAAGGCUUCACAUGGUUGCACUAUCUGUCCUCCUAAUAUGUGCAAGGGUUUAAUCAUAGAUAGAAUCCAAAAUUCAAUUUCUGAGGAUAAUAACAAGAGGUUUAUCUACCUUGGUGAUGGAGUUGGUGAUUAUUGUCCUAGCUUGAGACUUAAAGAGAGAGACUUCAUGAUGCCAAGGAAGAACUUUCCGGUGUGGGACUUGAUAUGCAAAGACCCUUCACUUAUUAAGGCUGAAAUUCAUGCUUGGUGUGAUGGAGAAGAGCUUGAACAAAUUUUGAUACAAUUGAUCAACAAAAUUCUCAUUGAGGAAAAUGCUCAAUUCAUUUCAUCUGAUUGCAAGCUACAAACUCUUUCAAUCCCUGUCCAUGAAUCCUUGCCUAAAGCUCUCUCAGUUAGGCCAUGAAUUUUUUAGUUUAUAAUAGUUGAAAAUGUAUCAUAAAGUAAUAGGUUUGUCUUUGUCCUUUAAUUAACCUUAAUCAACCUUUUCUAUCAUUGCUAAUCCUGGUAUUGGUCCAAGAUGGAUCUUUAAUUUGUCUAAUACAAAUAUCAAUUUGCACUUGGUGGUGCUAAUUAAUUAUUCUAGCAGCUUAUCUGUAUUUCAACAAAUUUAAAUACAUAUAGCAGUUUAUUAUUGUGUCAA